UUUUUUUUUAAUUUUGAUAAGAUGGCACGCUAUAAUCAAGCGGAAGACGAUGAUGACGACAUUUACACAUUUUCAGAAGAUUAUCGUACACAACAAAAGCAAAAAUACAUGUCAGCGAGUAGUAUGCGAUUAGCUUCACAUAGUAAAACAAGAGUCGCCUAUUUCCACGAUGAAGGAGUUGGCAAUUAUCAUUAUGGUGAACGUCAUCCGAUGAAACCGCAUCGUUUAACAUUGACGAAUCACUUGGUAUUGAAAUAUGGAAUGCACGAAAAAAUGGAAAUAUUUCAACCUAGAAGAGCAACUGAAGAAGAAAUAUUAAAUUUUCAUUCAACAGAUUAUGUGGAAUUCCUCAAGAGAGUGACACCUGAAAAUGCAGAUAGUUUUGAAAGUGUAUUUCAGAAAUUUAAUGUUGGAGAUGAUUGUCCAAUUUUUGAUGGCAUCUAUGACUUUUGUCAACGAUAUGCAGGAGCAACAAUAGAAGCCUCACGUAAAUUGAUUGCUAAUGGUGCUGAUAUAUGUAUUAAUUGGUCUGGUGGACUUCACCAUGCAAAAAAGAGUGAAGCAAGUGGAUUUUGUUAUGUAAAUGAUAUUGUCCUUGGUACUUUAGAAUUAUUAAGAUAUUUCCCUCGUGUUUUAUAUAUUGAUAUUGAUAUUCAUCACGGCGAUGGUGUGCAGGAAGCAUUUUAUUCAACUGAUCGUGUCAUGACAGUCUCCUUUCACAAAUAUAACGGUGAUUUUUUCCCAGGUACAGGCCAUAUCGAUGAGAUUGGCACUUCAUUAGGCAAAUACUAUUCCGUGAACGUACCAUUAAGGGAUGGUAUUGAUGAUGAUGCCUAUGUCUGGUUAUUUAAAGAAGUUGUAGAUGCUGUUAUUGAUACCUUCCAGCCUUCAGCUAUCGUUUUACAAUGUGGAGCAGAUUCAUUAGGAUGUGAUCGUUUAGGGUGUUUUAAUCUAAGUAUUCGUGCUCAUGGGCGUUGUGUGCAGAUUAUUAAGAAUUUUAAAAUUCCACUUUUAGUUGUUGGAGGUGGAGGUUAUACUGUACGCAAUGUCGCGCGAUGCUGGACAUACGAGACCUCUGUGCUAACGGAUACAACCUUAAGUGAAGAUUUACCACCUAAUGAAUAUCGUGAAUUCUUUAAGCCCGACUAUAAACUUCAUCCGGACCUUAAAGGAAGAGUUGAGAAUCAAAAUGAUCGUACUUAUCUACUUAAAGUAAGAGAACGUGUGAUGGAACAGUUAAGGUAUCUAGAUGCAGCACCAAGUAUUCAAAUGCAAGAAAUCCCACCAGAUAUUCAAGGAUUCCUAGAUGGUGAAAAGGAACAAAAAGAUAAAGAAGAAGACUCAGAAAUAGGAAAAGAGAAACGAAAUCCAACAGGAGGGAAAGUAGCUCUGGAAAACGAAUGGUUCGAUAAUGAAAAAGAUAAUGAAGGUGAAACAUCAUCGUUAUAAUGAAAGUGGGAAAAUCGACUCAAUAUAGAUAAUUAAAUGUAUUUUUGUAUUAUAUAUUAUUUACUACUAUUUACUACACUGUCAUUUUCUUUUUUUUUUUUUUUU